AUGGCGCUAACUCUUCUUGAUUUAUCUCUGAUUCCCUCUUAUGUGCUGAUUGCUGGGGUUGCAGCCCUUGCACUUUCCGUCUUGAAAGCACUUCGCUUCUUCCAAGGCUGGCAGUACUGUCGCGAGAAUGACUGCAAACCACCGGUCCAUACCGUGUCCCACGGCCUUCUCGGCCUCGGGAUGGUAACAGAAAUGCUUUCAGCCGCCAAAGAAAAUCGAUUCCUCGAGCAUGUCCGCGGCUGGCAUCGAGCUUACGGUGUGACCUUUAAGGCCAAAAUGAUCGGUCGCCAAGUCAUAUUCACCGUCGAGCCCAAGAACGUACAAACAAUCUUGGCUCUCAAGUUCAAAGACUUUGAGCUUGGAGAUUACCGGAACAAAGCCAUGCGCCCACUCUUGGGGUAUGGCAUCUUCUCUACCGAUGGCAGUAAAUGGGAACAUUCGCGUGCUCUUAUCCGUCCAAAUUUUACUCGCAACCAAAUUACCGAUAUCAAUGUUUAUGAGACUCAUGUCAAGGCGCUCAUUGAUAGAAUCCCGCGGGACGGGUCGACGGUGGAUAUGCAGGAUCUUUUCUUCCGGAUGACCCUGGACUCAGCAACAGAGUUUUUAUUUGGAGAAUCUGUUCAUUCACUGAAUGACACUGUUCCACUUUCAGCGUCGUCCUUCGCCAAAGACUUCAACAAGUCCCAAGAGGGACUAGCUCUCCGCAGCCGACUAGGAUCUCUUAUGGGUCUACACUUUGACAAAGAAUUCUCUCAAGCGGUGGUCAAUGCCCGUGCGUACGUCGGCCGAUUUGUGCAAAAGGCAAUUGACUAUCGAAUGGCGUUGGAAAGUGGCAGUGGCGAAUCGCAAAAGCCACAUGAACUUGAUCAGCACUACGUGUUUUUGUAUGAGCUAUCCAAACGAACACUCAACAAAACAGAACUCACCGAUCAACUUCUAAAUAUCUUACUGGCGGGUCGAGACACAACCGCCAGUCUCUUGAGUAUCACGUUCUUCGUCUUGGCGAAAAGACCCGAUAUAUGGAACAAGUUGAGAGAUGAGGUUCUCAAACUCGACGGCCGCAAGCCAUCCUUCCUGGAUCUGAAAUCCAUUUCUUAUCUAACCUGGGUUAUGAAUGAGACUUUGCGGCUCUAUCCCGUUGUCCCGAUUAACGUACGCAUGGCCAACAAAGACACUCACCUCCCAGUUGGAGGAGGCCCAGACGGCAAGGACCCAAUUUACAUCCCUAAAGGGCAAGAGGUGAUGUACACCGUAUACACCAUGCAUCGCCGACAAGACAUUUUUGGACCAGAUGCAGAUGAGUACCGGCCAGAGCGUUGGGAGAAACUUAAGCCAGGCUGGGCAUAUAUUCCAUUCAAUGGUGGUCCCCGUAUCUGUAUUGGACAACAAUUUGCCUUGACUGAGGCAGGAUAUUGUAUCGUCCGAAUCAUGCAGGAGUUUGAGGCUAUUGCUAGCAGAGACAACAGGCCUUUUGAGGAGGCAUUGACGUUGACUUUGGCUAGUUUCAACGGUACGAAGGUUUCUAUGACGCCCGCCCGGAGCUAG